AGCCACUAGAUAUCGCAAGCACUGUGGAACUCGUCAUGGCCCGGCCGGUGUAAGCUAGUAGUGUGAGCAGCGAUCAAAGUACAAAAUGGCUUCUUGCUCUCGUACAGAAUGGUCUUUCUCGAAUUCAUCAUCACCACUCAACUUCACUCACAUCUUUGAACAAGUAACAACACCUCAUUAUCCUACUCGGAUCAUCUCUAUCAUCAAUUUACAAUGGCUCCUCGUGUUUGGCUUGUUACUGGAGCGACUUCAGGCAUUGGCGCCGCUCUGGUCCAGGAGAUCGUCUCUCGCGGCGAUAAAGUCAUUGCCUCUGGCCGCAAGGUCGAGGAGCGUCUUGGAAGCAUCAAAUCGGACAACAUUGCGCUGCUGGAGCUUGAUAUCACGGCGAGUGUGGAGGACAUUGCAGCAAAGCUCAAAGACGCUACAUCAAUCUUUGGGCACAUCGAUGUCGUCAUGAACAAUGCCGGCAUGUCGGCGAUGAAGAGUGCCGAGGAGGCCAGCGAGGACUUCAUCAAUACCAUGUUCCAGGUCAACCUCUUCGGCCAGAUGCGCAUCACCCAGGCCAUCCUGCCCUUUUUCCGAGCACAAGGCCACGGCACUCUGGCUUUCACUUCUUCCAGCAUCCUCUGGGCGCCCCUGCCCUUCAUGUCGCACUACGCCGCGUCCAAGGCUGGCCUCAGCGCCUACGUCGAGGCACUGGACAAGGAGCUCCGCCCGCUCGGCAUCCGCUGUGUUGCCAUCGAGUGCGGCGGAUUCCCCACGAGCCUGGGCCAGCCUCGUGACACAUCCCAGCAAAGCUUCGGCACCGGCGGGCCUGCCGUUCAGGCGUAUGAACCCCUGUUCGGGAAGCUGGUGGGCAAGUUUGUCACAAACCCCAUGGAUCACAUGCCGGGAGACGUGCAAAAGGCCUCUCGGCGUAUUGUGGAUGUCGUCACGCGCGAGGGGCUGGCUGCCGGGCUGCCGUGGGCGGUCCGGGUGGCGCUGGGAUCGGAUGGAAUGGGCUCGGCCAAGCAGCGAUGUGAGGAACAGCUUCAGCUCGUCCAGCGGUGGGAGAAGCUGAGCCUGAGCACUGACCGGGAGGAGGGCAAGGAGUCGGUUGCCCUCAAGGACAUGUAUGAGUUCAACACUGUCCUGGAGUCCGAAUAAUGAGCAUGGAGCAGGUAGCGACGAUGAGAAAUGGUUGCUGGGGGAUUUGAUGUAUGAGAAACGGGUCCAAAUAGAGCAUAGAUGUUCCUUGUUUAACAGAGCUAC